AUGUCCAUACUCAUCAAGAACGGUAUUGUCGUGAACGAUGAUUCAAUGUUCGCAGCAGAUGUACUGAUUUCGGACGGAAAGAUUGCAGGAGUGGGUUCAUCGAUAGGUACAUCCGGUGGUAAUAUGGAAGUUAUCGAUGCUACUGGCAAAUACGUGAUGCCGGGUGGUAUCGACCCACACACUCAUCUCCAAAUGCCAUUUAUGGGUGAAGUCGCUGCCGACGACUUCAUAUCGGGCACUCAAGCUGCUGUUGCCGGCGGUACAACAAUGGUUAUCGAUUUCGUAAUUCCGAAUAAGGAGAUGCCAGUACUAGCUGCCUAUAAGCAAUGGAGAGAAUGGGCUGACCCAAAGGUAAAUUCAAACAAGUUCAAUGCCAAUCUUUUCUGA